AAGUAUGACAUAUAGGAUACUUUUUAAAAAAUUCCACUUUUACGGAGCAAGCCCGGUGAAUAUGUAAAUGCCUCUACAAGGCAAACAGUGGCACUUCAGUUACAAAAACAAAUCGUGCGUUGCAGAUGUACAGGAGCAGUUGGACGCGGCGGUGACGCGCGCGCACGCGGCGGGUCUUAAGCUGUGCGGCGCGCUGCGGCAGCUGGCGGGGCGCGCGGGCGGCGCGGGCGGCGGGGGCGGCGCGGGGGGCGCGGCGGGCCGCAUUGCGCGGCUGCAGUACGCGGGCGCACGUCGCCGCUGCGCCGCUGCGCUGGCGGAGCACACGCAGCUGCUGCAGCUCCUGCGCGACGACCGCGCGCGACUGUUGCACGAGCAGAUCAAGCUGACAAACCUGACAUUAUCGGAGGAGGAAUGCGAGCAGCUACUAGACUCCAACAACGUAGCGCUGUUCGUCGACAACGUGCGUGCGCAGACGGCGGAGGCGCGGCGCGCGCUGCGGGAGGCGGAGGCGCGGCGCGGCGAGCUGGCGCGGGCGGAGGCGGCGCUGCGCGAGGUGCGCGACCUCUUCGUGCAGCUGUCGCACCUCGUCGCGCAACAGCAAGAACAGAUCGACAGCGUGGAGUACUUCGCACUGCAGGCCAGCGAGCACGUGGAGAGCGGCGGCCAGGAGUUGCUGCGCGGCUCCGUGGGCCGGCGGCGCGCACGCAAGAAGAAAAUCGGUCUCAUCAUUUGCUUGGCGUCAGGAUUCCUUAUCGUGCUGUUUGUACUGGUAUACACGUAGCGAGGACCACAUCGCCUGGCAGGGGGCUCGGAAGACCUAAUAUAUAGUAGGGAAAGGUGGGGUACAGUUUUAAAAACUAUUAGAAUGCCGCGAUAAAAACAUUGAUUUGUUCAGCUAGUAUUAGGCAUGGAUAUAAACUAUAACAACACCUUUUUAAUUACAAUUUCUCAAAGAUAAACAUUAUUAAUAACAACUUUACAAAUGUCAACAUAGAGACAGAGACAGAGACAGAGACAGAGACAUAUGCAUUGUAGCACUGCACCCUACCUUACUCUAGACUAAUUAUUUAUAAUGUAUUUAAUCUUAAGAUUACUAGUCAUUUAUUUUUUUUCUUCAAAAUAAAUACAGUCAACA